CAAAGAGGAAUGCUGUGAUGUCACUCUCUACCACACCACUCAUACAAAGGCGUGAAACACACAUGCACACACACACACUCUCUUUCACACACCAGUCCACUCAAACACAAUCCAACUCCUGUUGACUCUCUUAUUCUGGAUAAAACACAAAUAUAUCCGGCAAUCGUGUGUGCCAGGAAUGAGCAGAGCCCCAGCAUUUUCAUCCAUCCACAGGGGGAUAUGUGCUGUUCUCUUCUAAGAAGAGGAAAAGGAAGAGGAUAAAACCUUGAACAAUCAGAUUUGCAGCAGUGCUUCCUGUUUACCUGCGAUCACACACUCGUGUUUACUAAGAAUUUGCACCAUACCCCCCAGUACACACUCUUGCGCGCACACACACACUCCAUAAUGCUGCAGCAAAUUCUUUCAAACAUGUACAUCGAUCCGGAAAUCCUGGAGGCGCUGAACGAGGAGCAGAAGAAGACGCUCUUUCUGAAGAUGAGAGAAGAGCAAGUGCGCCGCUGGAAGGAGAGAGAGGAGAAGGAGGAGAGGGAAGGAAAGAUGGAAAAGACCAGACCAAAAAAAGCCACGUUUAAGAAAGUGAGCUGGCUGCUGGGACGAGACGGUGACGUGCACGUGCGUGUUAUCGGAGAGACCGACGAGUUGAAACAGAGCUCGAAGAAAUUUUUCCUGUCAGAAUUCCGGACAAAAAACGAGAAUGACCUCAACAACACCAACAGACCUCAGACUACUGGAUAUCUCAAAAGCAACCUGGAAAACCAAGCGAUCCAGCAGGACAGCAAAUCCGGGAUAGAGCUACUGCUUAAGAACGCAGACGUGAUCAACUACUCAGACGCUGUUCCAGACUUCCAGAAACACCACAAUAACCACUCUAUAGAGGAGCUGAAGAGCCAGAAGGAUGACUCUUUGUAUCUGAGCGCACCCAGGAUGGACAGAGAGCCGUCUGUAUUGGCGAGACUGAACCAGUUCGGUUUACAGAAAAGCAGCAUGAUCGAAGACGAACAGGAAAGAGGAGUGGUAAACGAUCAGGGACUCGGCUCUCCCUUCGUAGGCCGUGUGGCUCAGCUCAGGAUGAACUUCAACAUGCCGAACACUAAAACCCCCUCACGGUACACAAAACCACCCGUUCCUUCCAAACCGGCUCAUCUUCUGGCGGCUGCCUCCGUGAGAUAAACUGGGCGAUAAUGUGGGGUCUGGAUAAUGGAACGUGAUUAAACAUACCUGUACAUUAAUCCUGACACACCCGACACUCUUCAGCUGCAUGUACAAAUAUCAAGACUGUUGUGUCGGACAUGAAGGGAAAAAAUGCCCCCUGAUCUGUGUAUUAAUUCAGACCGGCUUUCAAUCAGUUCACUGCAGCAAGUCGAUACACACAGCCUGGACUUUAGCAAUACGUCUUUCUUGCUUUUGGUGUCAUGCUCACUUUAGAUCUGCCAAAACUUUUUUUAUAUAUAUAUUAUUAUUAUUAAAUAUACAUAUUACAAUAUACAUGGUUUUUAUAUAAUGGAUAAUGUUUUGUACUUGUGUUCUUGAAUGUGCUUUGUAAAUAUGAACAGUGUGUCAAAAAUGCUAAUAAAAAUUUUUGGGUUUCAAA